GUCUGUGUAUAUUCACGGUUGUCAGCCAUAUUAGCGCCCACCUCCAUCUCGAUCUCCGUUAACUUCAGGACAUGCAUUCGCCUGGCAGGCUGUAAAGACAAACGGGUUCAACAUUUAUAAAUCUGUUUGAAGAACAGACCCAAAACAACAAGAUGGAGGCCGUCAAGGCGUUUAACGGCGAGCUGUACUCUCUGAAUGAAUACAAGCCACCAAUCUCCAAAGCAAAGAUGACGCAGAUUACAAAAUCAGCAAUUAAAGCUAUAAAGUUCUACAAACAUGUUGUGCAAAGUGUGGAGAAAUUCAUUCAGAAGUGCAAGCCCGAGUACAAAGUCCCCGGUCUGUAUGUCAUCGAUUCAAUCGUCCGCCAGUCUCGUCACCAGUUCGGCCAAGAGAAAGAUGUUUUUGCUCCACGGUUUAGUAAAAACAUCAUUGGCACAUUUCAGAACCUCUACCGCUGCCCCACAGAUGACAAGAGCAAGAUCGUCAGAGUACUGAAUCUUUGGCAGAAGAACAGUGUCUUUAAAAGUGACAUCAUCCAACCUCUAUUGGAUAUGGCAGCGGGUCUUCCUCCUCCCAGCGUUACACCUGUGUCUGCCAGCAGUGCGGUACCCAUGAACAGCACUACACCCGGAACUCCUGCAACUCCUGCCACCCCAGCCAACAUAAUGCCGAGUCUCCCAGACUGGGCGUCUCAGAUCUCCAACACGGACACAGUAGCUGCGGUCGCCCAGAUCUUACAGAGUCCUCAGGGCCAGCAGUUGCAGCAGUUAGUGCAGAGCCUGCAGAUGCAGCAGCAGAAGCCACAACCGUCUCUGCUGCAGGCACUGGAUGCAGGUCUGGUGGUGCAGCUGCAGGCACUGACUGCGCAGCUUACUGCAGCCGCUGCAGCCAACACACUGGAUCAAAGAGUCUCCUCGUUUAACAAGAAGAUUUUGGGCCAGUUUGAUUUCGGAAACGAGUCAGAACGGUGUGAGGAUUUAAAAAAAGAUGCUACACCACAAUUACCUGUCGUGUCUGAAUCAAUCAACACCUCAAUUUUCCAUCAACUGGCUGAACAACUACAGCAGCAGAACCUUGAACAGUUUCAGAAACAACUGCUGGAGCAUCAGCAGCAUCAACAGAAGUCCAUGACCAUGGAGAGCCAAGACGCAAUCUUUGCUCCUGAAAAUUCAGCCGCUCAAAGCCAGAGCAAUGCUCCACCGCAGCUCCAAGAACAAGAAACAAAACUGGAUGACUCGAUUGAUAACCAACAACAGGAUAUGGAUAUUGACGAGGGACAUGAUACUGUAGAAGAGGAACUUUUCGAGUCUGAAGAGAAGAAAACCAACAGCACACGAUCGAGAACGCGCUCAAGAUCUCGCUCUAGAUCACCUAAGAGAAGGAGGUCAAGAUCACGCUCGGGCUCGAGGAAGCGUAAACACAGGAAGCGAUCACGGUCUCGGUCAAGAGAUAGGAAAAGGAAAACUUCCCGUUCUUAUUCCAGCGAGCGCCAGGCACGAGAAAGAGAAAAGGAAAGACAGAAGAAAGGCCUUCCUGCCAUCCGCUCAAAAUUUCUUAGUGUUUGCAGUACUACUCUGUGGGUGGGUCAAGUGGACAAGAAGGCCACCCAACAAGAUCUUACCAACCUCUUUGAAGAAUUUGGACAGAUUGAAUCAAUAAAUAUGAUUCCUCCCAGAGGCUGUGCUUACAUCUGUAUGGUGCAUCGACAGGAUGCAUACCGCGCCUUACAAAAACUGAGCACUGGUUCUUACAAAAUCGGCUCUAAGGUCAUUAAAAUCGCCUGGGCACUAAAUAAAGGUGUGAAACAGGAGUAUAAGCAAUUCUGGGAUGUUGACCUUGGAGUCUGUUACAUCCCAUGGGAGAAAGUCAAACUAGAUGAUCUGGAUGACUUUGCAGAGGGAGGCAUUAUUGACCAGGAGACGGUCAACAGUGAAUGGGAGGCUCAGAAGAACGCGGAGGUGGCUAAAGAGACACAGAGUCAAUCUGUCACAGCUGAUGCCAGUGCAGACAACAGCGCAGCCAAUGAGGCGUUUACACAGCCCGUCACCAUGAUGCCUGUCCCGAUUCAAGUGGCACAGGCAGUCCCUGCUGUUGGUCUUGUGCCUCCAUCUUUCCCCGUCACCAUGACUAUGCCCCCACCAGGAUUUGGUCCUCCUCCUCCCUUCCUAAGGGCAGGAUUUAAUGCAUCACAGCCUCCUCCAGGUUACAUGGCCACACCAGGAGUUGCACCAUCAGCCGUUGGAUCCGGUCAGACAUCUUUAGUGCAGCCUUCUCAAGAGAGCAACAAGGAUUCUCCAUUCGGAUCAAUUAUUCCUCCCACCAGCACUAUUCCUGGGAGUUUUAUCCCAUCAGGGAUGCCCGGGGCAGGAGUCUUUAACCCCGCGGGAGUGCAGGCACAGCAGAGCGGCACAGAUAAAACAUCACAGUCUGCUGAAGCUUUGGAGAAUACUUCUGAAAUGACACUACAGGGAAUGCAGAAUGCUGUGCGCACUGGGAUGGGAUUGCUGGGUAUGCACCCUUCUGCAUCUCUGACUCAUCCUCUCUCCGGCCAGCGGAUGCCAGGUCUGCUUCCCCUUGACCUGCGGCCCAAUCUGAUCCAAGGAGCUGGCGGCCGCUUUCCGCUCCUGAUGCAGCAGGGCCUUGCGCAUCAGGCCAACAACCUCCUGGAAGCUUCGCUUCAAGCCCGUCCACGGGCUCCCUUCUCCCAAAUGGAGCACUUUAAUCGCACCGAGGGCCCUUUUGCGAGAGCACCUAACCCUUCGCCCUCCGGACCCGAAAAUCUGCCCAAAGUCAAUAACGAAACCCAGCCCAGGUCGGAUGUAGGUGCCCAGCAAGACGGAGAUCAGGACUACCGCUUUCCUCCACCAGAGAAGCAGAGCACGGGAUUAUUAAAGACCCCUCCUUUGGAGAUGCGUACCGAGCCUGUCCCUCCCAGACCACCUCUUCUCGAAAGACCUCCGAGAGCAAUCGGGCAAACGGACGGACGAGAUGGUAGAAGAGAUAAUAUGUCAGGGGGUUUCCGAGCAGAAAGUCGCUGGGGUCCACCCAGGGGUGACUUUGACGAGCGAGACGUUCGAGGGAUGCCCGGACCUCCGAAAGGUUUCCAAGAGGAGCGCUCCAACCCUAACUUUCAGAGUCGAUUCGAGGGCCGUGGUAAUUCGUCAGGGCCCGCUUGGAAUCGUGGAGCUCCUUUUAACGCCAGCAUGCACCAGGACUACGAUGACCGUCGCCGACCUUGGGAAAGACAGAAGGACCGCGACGACAGGGACGUGGACUUCCGAGGAAAUGAAAUGAAUGGAAAUCGUCACAGUCGAGACCGCGAAAGAGAGAGGGAAAGGAACCGCGAACGCGGCCGAGAACGGAAUCGCGAGAGAGACCGAGAAAGGGAUGCCGAGAAGGACAAAGACAGGGAGAGGGACCGCUGGACUCCCCUUUCUUCACAAUCUCAACCUCAACUUCCCAAGUCUCAACCCUUACUUCCUCUGCCAACCCCGCUGCUUACCCAACCUAAAGCCCCAAAGCAAGCGCAAACCCUGCCGACGUCGCAACACCAGCCUCAGCCGGAAGCUGAGCAACGGACACGAGAAGAGCCGCAAGUUGAACCGCAACCAGAGACACAGCCCAAGUCCCUCAGCCCAGCCAAAGAGACGGCAGAAAGCCAGGAACAGGAAGGAGCCUCCGGCGACAACGGACCGGAGACGGACUCGAAGCCUCAAUUACAAACGGCGCCAACGUCCCAGAACGCUCCGGAGCCGUCACGUAGCCCGUCUCCCUCCCUUACCCCGCCAUCCACCUGCUUGCCGAACGAGCCCGUAAAAGAAGAGACGACCCCAGAAGUGUCUGUUUCCUCUAUCGUGGACGCAGACACGGAACAGACUGGGCCAAAGGUGGACGCUGAGACUGAACCUGAGCUAGCGAAAACUGACACUGAGGAAACAUAAUCAUCACUCAGUAGGUAAAGAUCAUUUUGUAUAGUUGUCACAUCUGUAAGCAUUUCGAAAGCUCCCGCAGGACCCCGCUCAGUUUUUUUCUGAAUGAUUUUUGCCUCUGAAGCUACAAAUGUAUGUGCGUUGUAGGUGUGGCUCACACUAGAAGGAUCUCAAUGGUAGGUGAGAUUUUAAUAUUUUAUUUUCUUGCCUGUUUUUAGUUUUUAAUGCAACCCCAUUGUUUUAAACUAGGUUUUUUGUCUCGCCGAAAUAUUAUGCAGCUUAAUUGUAAAUGCAGGGGGAAAAGAGGUUUGACCUUCCUAUGGAAGAGUUUCGGCUGUCUCCUUACGAUCGAUUGCAGAAUACUUGAAAACGGCACUGGCUUGUUUCUUCAUUAAUUUUCAAAAUCGCAGCUGCAAAGUUUGAAAUGAAUGCCUUUGUGGUGUCCAAUGCUUCUUGUCUUUAAAGCAGAACACAUACGUACAUGGGAUACAGUGAGAACAGUACUGCGUUGUAGUUGCUUUGAAAAGGAACUUUAAAAAAAUAAUUAAACUAUGAUGUGUUAUCUCAAUAUUAAAUGUCUGUGAAUUUUCUUCAUUGUACUACUAUGGAUCUGCAAGAGUUCAAGACAGAAAAGGCUAUAACCGAAAAAAUGGAUGUUGGGUGAUUCAAAUAAACAUGCUUUGUUUGUUAAAA